AUGACGGCGAGACUGAAACUCGCCGAAGGUAUAGGCACGUUGCGCGAGUGCGCAGAGGGGCUUCUGUUUGAUGCCGAGCAAGCUGUCUGCGAUUUUGCAGAUAAUGUCGAUUGUGAGAUUGGUGUAUGCCCUUCCAACCUGAACCCGACUAUACCAACAUUUCUGCCAAACCCGACUGACUGCUCCAGGUACUUUAUUUGUAUCGGUGGAGUAGCUCAAGAGGCCCAGUGUGCCCCAUCGCUGCUUUUCAAUCCCGAAACACGACGAUGUGAGUUGGAGGAAACCGUCGAAUGUAUCGAAGGUUCGAUUCCAUCACCGACGACAUGUCCGCCAACGGGACUCCACAUCAUCGGUAAUCCCGCCAACUGUGUAUCGUAUUUCGUCUGCCUCAAUGGGGUCCAGAGUGAUGCGCCAGUAAAUUGCGCACCGGGACUUAUUUUCGAUGUUACGGAAUCGCUGUGCAAUAUUCCCAAUGAGAAUUCGCGUUGUGCUGAUGGGUCCGAUCCAAACCCCGUUCCAGUGCCACCGUUACCGUAA